AUGGCAGCACCUCAAAUGCAGCUCGAAGACUGGCUUGAUGACCUUUGCGUCCGCUUCAUCAUCAAUCUUCCCCAAGAAGAUCUCUCCUCUGUUGCCCGAAUAUGCUUUCAAGUCGAGGAAGCACAAUGGUUCUAUGAAGAUUUCAUUAGGCCACUUGACCCGACUUUACCUUCAAUGUCGCUGAGGACCUUUUGCCUGCGAAUUUUUCAGCAUUGCCCGUUGCUUGCGUCCUUCUCCGUUGAGAACCACACCAAGGCGUUCGAGGAGUUCCUUCAAUACAAGACCCGAGUUCCCGUUCGAGGCGCCAUCAUGCUUAACCAUGCCAUGGACUCUGUGCUAUUGGUCAAGGGCUGGAAAAAAGGAGCGAACUGGAGUUUUCCCCGGGGCAAGAUAAACAAAGAUGAGGAUGACCUGGAUUGUGCUGUCCGCGAGGUUUAUGAGGAGACUGGUCUUGAUCUUCGCGCCGCCGGUCUCGUACCCACUGAGAAGAAGCCCAAAUACAUUGAGAUCUCGAUGAGAGAGCAGCAGCUACGACUUUACGUUUUUCGGGACAUUCCCAUGGAUACCAAGUUCCAGCCGCGGACUCGCAAGGAAAUUAGUAAAAUCCAAUGGUACAAACUAUCGGAACUUCCUGCGUUUCGCAAAAAAGGCACCCAAAACCAGACUCAUGCUGCUGAUGGACCAUCUGUGAACAAAUUCUACAUGGUUGCGCCAUUCCUUGUGCCCCUGAAGAAAUGGAUUCAUUCGCAAAAGAAAUUCAACGACAGAAGAGCAACAAGCGGAGCCCACGGCCACUUACCCCAUCACCCUGCCGUUGACGAGGUCGCGACAACCGAAGACGAUACAUGGGCACCUGUUCAUGACGAGAAACAAUCGCAUGUGCCUGCUAUUGAAACCCUAGACGGGGCAACUCAAGAGUUACAGAGGCUGUUGAAGAUGCAACCUCCUACCCAGGGGCUCCAAUCCCCGCCCCAAAAGGACAAGGGCACAGCUCUCCUUUCGAUUCUUCAAUCUAGUUCUAGUCGUCAGGCGCCACCGACUCACCAGAACGCUGCUUUACCGCAAACGCCUCUGAAUGCGGCGGUUUCUGAACCUCCCCAACCACAAAAUCCCCAUCACCAGGCUAAUUUUAAUCCCAUCCACGUUCAGUCACACCAGCCUCCGCCUUGCUUCCCGUAUGCGCCGGAUCAUAGAACUGCGUCUCGGAAUCCGCCGCCAAGCCCUAUGAACAAACCUCACUUGCAACAUUACCAUGUCGACGCGAUCGGGCAUCAGCAACCAGGCCAGCACCAACUUCCCUCGGCUCACUCUCAACCCCCGCCUCUCCAGGUUCAAGGAUCGAUACUUGAUAAUGGCUCAUUCCAGAAUCGAGCUUCACCUCAGCAAGUCGGUACUGGGCAGAAUAUCUCUCCUGGCCCUGGACCCGGGCUUGGGUCAUUGACUGGCCAACAGGACAGUCAGAUGUCCACCGCUCCCGGAUCCGUGAAACUUAGCGGGGCAUCCCUAGCUCUGCUCAAUGCAUUUAAACGGGAUAUUAGGACGGGGGCUACUGGUGACAAUCAAGAGGCCAUGAACUCACCUGCUCCUGGUUAUAUCGCUCACCCUGGUGCUCACAGUUCUCCGUACUUUAAUUACAACCUACCCAAUUCCAGUCGUUCUGCGGAGCAAACGAAUGUCUCGGAAUUGGCUGGGCCUUUUGUCCAGCCCAGAGCAGACCCGCAUCGCACUGCUCUUCUGGACAUGUUCAAAAAGAACCCUUCGAAUCCCACAGCAAAACCAUUCAAAGUUGGAGAUACGCAGCAGAAUCAACAUGGAGCCAUCGCACAAUCCCCAGGACAACAGCUGGGACAGGCCGAACCUAAUACGCUCCUCCAGCAAUUCCAAGCGAACUGUGGUCCGGCCAGUGAGAAGCUCUCUCUUCAGCAGCUCUUCAUUCAGUCCAGGCCGAAUCAACCAACUGUGCCCUCGACUCGUAAUGGAGAGAGUCCGAGCUCCCGUCGCCAUCAUCAAAACCAACAUUCCCAGUCGAGCCAUCUGCAGCAGCAGCAACAUGCCCGAUCGCCGCUUGUCUCUGGACACGGCCAACAGCCUCAGCCACCUCGCAUUCUUCAACGAGGACAGCGUCUCGAUGACAUUAUCAAUCCCACGGUCCAGCAACGCGAAACGCCCCCCAAGAAGCCACCAAUUAUUGUGCAGAAUGGCGGCCACGGCUUUCCUGCGGCUUCUCCUGAGCUUUCCUCGAUGGCCAGUGCUGGAGACUCUCAUCGCCGUCCUGAUCAUUCGCGCCAACAAAAGCAACAGUUGUUAUCUUUAUUUGGCAAGGAAAAAACCCCAGGGGCUGCAGAGCCGGUUUCUGGGACGGAUCCCAGACAAGGCGCCAGCCUUGGGUCGUCGAGAGUCUCGUCAAGGGCAUCCAGAGGUGGGGAGACGCAGAUCUCACCUGCCGAACAAAGCUUCUUGUUAGGCUAUCUGCAGUCUGUCACCAAUAAUGCUGGACGUUGA